AAAAAGAAGAGUAGAGAAGUAAUUAGUCGAAGUUUAGUAUAGUAGCUUAAUUCAAUCAUUGAUCGUCGAUCAUGGUGGGGAAGAUGAUAUUGUCGUCGCUUCCAGGCGGAGGGUACGUUCAGCUGCGGGAGGGCUAUUCCAGUUUGGACGUCCUCGCCGCCGUCUGUGGGGCUGUUUUGGAGAAAAACACAAACAGUAAUAAUUCAUCUUCUUCUUCUUCCUCCUUUCCUAAAUCAGUAUUUAUCCCGAGGAGGAAGAGGAGCCGUCCUAAUAGAAGUACUACAACUCAUGAGGUUUUUAUGGCGGCAGAUUCCGUAUUGAAAUGUGGCGUCAAAAGAGUGUCAAUUGGAGGAGGACCGGCCGGCAAUCAGAAGAAAAGGGCGGCCAAGAAAAUGAAGAAGCGGGUCAUCGCCGACGAAAACCAGCAGCCGGCGGCGGCUGAGGCAGGGCCCAUGCCGGAGAGAUUCAGGGGCCGGAUCCGUCAAUUGGCGGGGCCAGGCGCGGAGAUAGCGGAGGAGAUGCUGCUGAUCGAAAAGGAGAUAACGGGGACCGAUUUGAACCCCAAAGAAAGCCGGCUGUCCCUCCCUCUGAAACAAUUGAGACGGACGGAUUUCUUGACGGCGGAAGAGAAGGAGCGGUUGCUCACGCGCCACAACAAUGGCAUCAAUGUGGGCUCAGUCGACGUGGCGCUCAUCGCGGCCGUCAAUGGUGAAAUCAUAAUAAAGCGGGAACUUCACCUUCGGAGAUGGGAGAUGCGGAAGGAUAGGGGGAAAACCAGCGUGUCACUAAUGGUGACCAAAGAGUGGAACAAAAUUAAGGGCAGCCUUGGACUCGCCGUUGGUACAAAGGUCCAAAUAUGGUCCGUCCGAGUUGACGGCGAACUAUGGUUAUCGCUGGUUGUCUUGUAGAUCCAUACAUCUCCGGGCCUAGCCCGACCCAGCACUGCCGGCGCCCUAAUCACUUAAUUAGUUAGUAAUGAAUUUUUUAUACUAUGAUAGUAUGAUAUCUACUUUUGAUGGAUAAUUAGCUCCGAUCUUUCUGUUUUCAUGCUUCAAUAUGUAUAUACGAAGUACUUUAUAAGUUGCUGUUACUUUGUUCCUUGUUUUCUGUGUUUUAGAAAUUCAUAUUGGCAGUUUAGUUUAUUAGUUACGGAGCGAGUACUAUACAAUUAUACAUAAUUGUUGCUGGUUUUUUAUAAGGUACUUAAUUACAUA